GGGCUUCGUUGGACCUCGUUUGGAUAGCCUGUGGGCUUGCUCACCCAGCACCGAUCGCACACGCUCUACAACAUCCCGGUGAUCGAGCAGCCCAGGGAGCUCUGGCCUGGGCAGAGGCGGCCACAGGGUCCCAUCCAGCGAACCACUGCCCAGUGGCCGCGUGGAGCGGCUUAGACCAACGCGCCUUGCGCUCGUUUCCUGCAAGCCGGCAGCAUGAACAAGCUGUUUGGCAGCCUGGUGGGCUCUGCCGCCUGCACGGUGCAGCUGGAGCUGCGGCCCAGCGGCGCCGCGGCGGCCACCGCCGGCUCGCAGCCCACUGUCAGCCUGAAGAACAAGCGGGACGAGAUGGAGACGAUGCCGCUGUUCUGCAGCAAGGACACCAUCUCGGGGGAGGUCAAGGUGACCCCCAUCCCGGGCAAGCGAGCCGACCACCAAGGCAUACGCGUGCAGCUGCUGGGGGAGGUGGAGCUGGCCUCGGAGCGGGGCCACCCGCACCAGUUCCUGUCCCUGGUGCGUGACCUGGCGCCCCCCGGCGACCUCACCACCCAGGCGUCGCUGCCGUUUGAGUUUGGGAGCGUGGAGAUGCAGUACGAAUCGUACCGCGGGUCGCAGGCGCAAGUGCGGUACCUGCUGCGCGUCACGGUAUCCCGCGGUAUGGGGCAGAGCGUGGUGAAGGACCAUGCGUUCUGGGUGCGCAACCCGCAGCCCACGCCGGCCGCCGGUCCUCCCAUCAAGAUGGAGGUGGGCAUCGAGGACUGCCUGCACAUCGAGUUUGAGUAUGAGCGGGGGGCGUACCACAUGCAAGACACGGUGCUCGGGCGCAUCCACUUCCUGCUGGUGCGCAUCAAGCUGAAGCACAUGGAGCUGGAGAUACGGCGGCGCGAGACCUCGGGGGCGGGCUCGGCGGCCAAGAGCGAGUCGGAGACGGUGGCCAAGUACGAGAUCAUGGAUGGGGCGCCCGUCAGGGGGGAGAGCAUCCCCAUUCGCCUGAGCCUGCGCCCCUACGACCUCUCCCCCUCCUACGCCAACGUCUUCAACAAGUUCUCGGUGCGCUACUUCAUCAACCUGGUGCUGGUGGACGAGGAGGACAGGCGCUACUUCAAGCAGCAGGAGAUCACGCUGUACCGGCGGGAGGAGGAGGAGGAGGUGCCGCCGCCCGCGGCGCGCCUGCCCCGCCGCAUGGUGUCGCUGCCGCCCGCCUCGGGCCCCACCUCGCCCUCGGCGUCCGCAGCGGCGGCCAUGGCGCACACCAUGGGGCCCGCCAGCUUCCCGGCAGCUGCGCCCGCAAACGGCGGCGCCGCGCCCGCGGCGUCGCCGCUGGACUCGUCGCCGCUGGGCGCGGGGCCGCGGCCAGCGAGCCAGGCUGGCCUGGCGGCAGCAGAGGGCCACCUGAUGCCCAGCGGCAGCGGCGGCAACGGCAGCAGCAGCGCAGCGGCGGCGGCGGCGGCGGCGGCGGCGGCAGAUGCGGGGGAGGAUGCGCCGCUGCUGGCGGGCCAGCAACCGGCGCCGGCCGCCGCCAGCUCGUCGCUGGGAGAUGGCAGUGCCGCCUGAGCAAGUCGGCUGCCCCGUCCAGCUGCAGCCUCGUCUUUGUCCUGUUCCCUCGCUCUUUCCACCUUUUGUACCGCUUCUCCCCUACCUGGUGUAACGCCUGUUGCUAC